AACCGAACCAAAUCAAAUCAAACCGAGACAGUCAGAUAAAUUAAUUGUGAGUAAACCUGUCUCACUUUUGAUACAAGAAUCCCACAAGUCUCAGAGAGCGUAUUUAUUUUACAGAAGGGGUGAAAUCAAGUGAAGAAGAAGAGCACAAAGGUUUCAUCAUCAACUAAUGGUGACUAAUCGUUUCACUCUACUACUUGUUCUCGUCGUAAUCGGGAUCUGCUUCUCCUCCUCGUUUUCUCAGCAGGUACGCGCCACAAGUGAAACCAAUCUCAGGAUCCAAUCGUUCUCGUCGGAUCUUGCAACGCUGCAAGCUCAAAUUGGCUACAAGUUUAACAACACCAACCUUCUACGCCGUGCUAUGGCUCAUGCUUCUUUCUCUCAAGAGAACAACAAAGCCUUGAGUAUUUUUGGAACCCAUAUCAUUGAAACAUCUGUCUCUCUUCACUAUCUCACUGAAGAUAUCGAUGUCUCCUCGAAAGCUCUGAACCGUUUGAUAGCACAGGUUUCAAAGGUGGAGUCCUCGUGUGCUCUUGACGGAGGCCGGUUGGGUUUGGGGAAGAUAAUCAGGGUUUCCCCUAAGACAGAUGCGUCGAACUCGGCUAUUCUUUGUUCUGGCUUUAGGGCAAUCUUUGGAGCUAUUGCUGUUGAUGCUGGAACGGUUGAUAAGGCCAUCAAUGUUUUCUGGAAAGUACACGGAGAUACAGCUGGAAGACUAGUGUCUAUGUUGUGAAUUAGAGCUUUUUAAUAAGUCUGGUUUGUUUCGGAUGCCAAGUUUCUAAGAGACGAUUCUCCAUUUGCUUAGAAUUAUAUGGUAAUCGCUUGGUUGGUGUUAAUUAGUAGGUGAUGUGAAGGGAUUAACUUAAACCGAUAUGGAUAUGGUUUUACUAUUUUUCUUUCA